UGGAGACUACACACAGACCGGACCUGUUUGUUUCCAGGAACAAGUUCUGCAUUAGAUUAUACAGAAGCAUCAGAGUGUUGCAGCAUGUCACGGUUGUAGCUGCUGGAGCAGAAUUUUACAAUUUCAUUGAAGUCUAAACAAACUCUAUUUUUGCUGUGUGUAAACGAUGGGUGGGAACAUUCACUGUCCAGUAAGAAAUGCCAUCAGGAAUUUUAAUUGGUCUUAAUUGCUCCGCAGUUCCUCCACAGCAGAGCGUCCAGCCCCUGAACAGACGGGUCCAAACAUCUGGACUGCAGACAGGACAAAAAGAGACGACAAGAGCCCCUGCACAGCGCACUUCCUAAAAGCAGAGCCUGGAUACAAUGGAAGUGAAGGUGUCAGUGGACGGCGUCCAGCGGGUGGUCUGUGGAGUGACAGAGGAAACAACAUGCCAAGAAGUGGUCGUGUCGUUGGCUCAAGCCCUGAGUCAGCCCGGACGCUACAUUUUGCGGGAGAAAUUCAAAGACUUCGAGCGGUGCAUGACCCCCGACGAACGCCUUCUGGAGACUCUUGAGAAAUACGGCGAGCAGGCCCGGGAGGUCCAGCUCACCCUGCUCCACAAUGGACCCUGUGUUUGGGAUGAAAUGAGCAGAACAAAAGUUGGCAGAUACCAGCCUUGCCCACCCCUGAGAAGGAAGGAUGCAGCGGCUCGAAUGCGGCGAGGCAGCGGUUCACUGAGUUUGCAUCGCCGGAGCUUGCCGCCGUUGCCUUGCUCGAGGCAAGAAGCCGAGCCCCAGAAGGAGGACCCGAAGAAGCCUAAAAGAAAGUCUCUGACGCUCAUGGAAGAGGCCUGGGAAUGGCUGGAGAAUCUGGGGAAAGGCAAGGUCUACAGUACCGCCAGUGACAAGAACAGCAAGAGAACCGAUAAAAGGAACCAUGCCUCCGUCGAUGUGUCUCUCACUAGUGACAAAGAUAGCUCGGGUCGAAGAAGUAGGAGCAAAGUCAGAGGUCAGAAAAGUAUCAAGACAGACUUGGACAAUCAAACAUCCUGCUGCAUUGGGAGCCAGACGAGGGGUAAAGACAGUAAACGCUGCAAGAAGAGCAAAGAGGCAAAAGCUGAUGAUGACCUUUGCCGUUCAAGCGUAGUUGCAGCUGAAGAUGAAAAAAAUAGUCUCAAAGAAACCGUCAUUCGUCAGCUCAGUUGUUUGCAGGAUUUGCAGGUCCAGACAGGCCGCAUAGACAAACUGAUUAUUGAGCUUGAGGAGAGACAGAGAGCCCAAAGAGCUGAGCAGGACGCCCAGCAGAGACUGGCUGAACAGGAGAUGGAGCAGAUCAAGUUUUGGGAAAAUGAAUUAAAGGCGGAGGAAGGUCACGAGAAAGACCUGCAGAGACAGUUCCUUGAGAUGAGGGCGAAGGCUGUUGAGUGCAAAACCAAACUGGAGGAGAACAAGUGCAAAAUGCAGGGGCUUGAUUUCUUUGCCCCUCAGAACGUUGUUAAAGAAGAUUCAGAGAUGAUUUCAGGAGUCGAUGGUGGUGCUGCCACUGAGUUUUCCUCUAAGGACGCAUAUCAGCAACGAUCUGAUCCAGUUGGGGAUGUUUAUGUUAACAGGAAGUUCCUGCCCCGAGAAGACUUCGAUUCUCCUCGUGCCCUGGUUUCUCCCAACCAGAUAAAAGAGCGGCGGCCCACGGGUCCCACAGAGCUCAGGGAGUGGUGGACACGCUGGUCUGAAGCCCAAAACACACAAUUACAGACUAAAAAGAAGGUGAUUCACCGCACUGAACUCACAAUAUAUCUGGGUAGUACUAAGGUUUAGUGGCAAAUAAACAGGCACUGAUACGAAGCCAGUAAAAUAUGAUGAAUGCUGUAUUGUAUAACAGUUUGUUUUAUUCUUCGCACCAAUUUUAAUUUGCAUUUCGCUACUUUUUGACCUUAAAAUAGCAGUUUCCCCAAAAAGAAUUAUGAGAAGUGUGGAAAUUGUGGAACUUAACAAACUCAAGAGUAAUGCUGGACUGUAGAUCCGUUAAAAACACGUAGAAGUCAUUAAAAACAGGGAGGAAAGUUUGGUGUUUUUGUUACAGCAGCAGCUCCUCUAGUUCAAGCAGCCGGGAAUCAUGGGUAAUAUCCAUUCAGUUGUGGUGCGGUUCAGGAAGUAGGACUACACAGUCAGAGCCCCAUGCAGCACAUUGAGAGGUUUUGCUUUUUCUCUACAUGAAAACAACUCAAUCGCUCGGACACAGAGCUAAACAGGAUUAAACAAGUGACUGUAGAGGGCGCUGUUGUUCAGUAGCAGUUACAUAGUGUUUCUUUAAUUUGUACUGAGUGUAUGAAAGACCCAUUGUAUCUAGUGUAUGUUUCUGCGAUGGAGGCCCUCAAUAACCCUCAUCAACCCAGCCCUCCCAGGGUUUGCUCCCUUCCGUUAGCCCCCUUGUGCAUAAAAUGGCUCCAUGUCAGAAGUGAGGCCAUGUGGUCACAAGCAGGGAACAAGGGCAGGGGAUCAGCUGAGGUGGAAAUCAAACACCCGUCCCAUCAGGAAGUCAUUAGGGACACAGGAUAGCUUAGAAUUGUAAAAACCACAAAACAGAAAUUGUUUUAACUUUGCACAAAUUUAAAUGUGACAUGUUAUUUUUAUUUUACUGGAUUCUUCAUGAUUGCUGUAAAUUCAACCCUGCAUUGAAGUAAAUAAUGGAAUUCUUUGUACUGUACAUGUUAUUGGGCAGUUGCGCCCUUGCCUCAAAGCUGUUUCCUCUGUUCUGGCAAAUAAACAGUCACUAAUACAAAGCCAGAAAAACCUACCAUGAAAAUAUGGUGAAUGCCUCAUUGUGUGACAGAUUCUAUUCAGUGCUCUGUAUUGAAAGUCGUGAUUUCUUUAUCUAAAUCAACACUUUUAGUAAUUUCAUAACUUACAUUUGUGGUUUUUCUUAAGGUCACAAGUUAAAAUGUCCUCUUUCAGUUGAGGCAUUGGUCUACAAUGAAAUCUGAGAUUUGUAUUAAUAAAAUGGUAAGCUUACGACAAAA